GGGUGGGUGGUGGUGGUGGUGGUGUAAGCGGGCUAAAGUGAUCAACCAACAAUCAUUCACACCCCUGUUCAAUUCUUGUCUACAUCAACAGAUAAUGAAUAUCGAUCAAGGUGUCCCAUUUUGAAAUCAAGACUUUUCAGUUCUGAUCCGACAAUAUACACUUUAUAUCUCCCAUACCAUGCGUCGUUUCAAGCUCAAAGACCGUUAUAAGACCACCCAAGUCCACGCUCUCAACCCAGCAGACACUUCCACCAGUACUACAGCCGCCGCCGUCUCCACCACCACAUCCACUAAGCCUAACCAGCAUCAUCAAGACCUCCCCACACUCAAUUCAAUACUAUCCAGGUCUGAUGACACCAAUUCGAUGUCAACAGCUGAAGCUCUACUUCCAUUUGGACUCCCCACAACUGAGUUUCUUGAGCCUCCCAUUGAUCCUUAUCUCAAAUCUAUUGAUCUUGUUGAAUCAUUAGCUGACCUCUAUCGCCGAGUCAAAAAUUGUUCAGAAUCUGAUAAAUCUUCUGUAUAUCUGGAACAGUACUCGCUCCUGUGUAGCCUUAGUGAUCCAAAAUUACCCCGCCGUUGCCUUCAAUUGGCUCGCCAACACGCCGUUGACGUACACUCGAAGGUGGUAUUAUCCGCGUGGAUGCGGUAUGAGAGGAGAGAAGAUGAGUUUGCGGGUACAUCAGCACUGGAUUGUACUGGACGAUUUCUUGAAUGUCCCCAGGCUGCUUUGGUUUCUGGGUAUGAUCCUAAUUCAGUUUUUGAUCCUUGCCAAUGCAUCCGGACAGCUAAUAACACCUCAAGUAUUGAUAUCUCAACUGAGGAUGAUUGCUUGAGUUCAGAGGAUGAUGAGAGUGUUUGCUUUUGCAUUGGCAAUGAGGAUAUUAAUUGUGUUCGAGGUAAAAUUGCUGCUCUUUCGGUUCCACUUAAAGUAAUGCUAUAUGGUAAUUUUAUCGAGUCAGAAAGUGGUAGGAUUGAUUUUUCGCGAAUUGGGAUAUCAGUGGAUGGAAUGAGAGCUGUAAGAGUAUUUAGUAGGUCAAGAAGAUUAGAGUCUUGUUUGCCAAAUGUUGUCUUGGAGCUCCUGUCUUUUGCUAAUAGGUUCUGUUGUGAGGAAAUGAAGUCUGCUUGUGAUAGUUAUUUAGCUUCAUUGGUUUGUGAUAUUGAAGAUUCAUUGAUUCUUAUUGAUUAUGGUUUGGAGGAAAGAGCAAGUCUUCUUGUAGCUUCUUGCUUGCAGGUGAUUCUAAGAGAGCUACCAAGUUGUUUGUAUGAUUCAAAAAUCAUGAGUAUAUUUUGCAGCGUUGAGGCUAGGGAGAGAUUGGCAACGGUGGGGCAUGCUUCCUUCUUGUUGUAUUGUUUCCUUAGCCAGGUAGCUAUGGAAGCUAAGAUCCCAGCGAAUGUGACAAUAAUGUUGCUGGAGAGAUUGAGAGAAUGUGCAACAGAAAGGUGGCAGAAGGCACUUGCAUUUCAUCAAUUGGGUUGUGUUUUGCUCGAGAGGAAAGAAUACAAGGAUGCCCAAUGUUGCUUUGAAGCAGCGGUUGAGGCGGGUCAUGUUUAUUCUAUGGCAGGUGUUGCAAGAACUAAAUACAAGCAAGGGCAGAGGUUUUCAUCCUAUGAGCUGAUUAACUCACUCAUCUCGGAGUAUAAAGCAAUGGCCUGGAUGUUCCAAGAAAGAUCUUUGUAUAAUUUGGGCAAGAAGAAGAAUUUGGAUUUGGACGAUGCCACUAAAUUGGAUCCUACCCUUCCGUUUCCAUAUAGAUACAGAGCUGUUGCAUUGGUGGAGGAUAACCAAAUUGGAGCAGCUAUCUCAGAGAUAAACAGGAUAAUUGGUUUUAAGGCCUCUCCGGAAUGCCUUGAACUGCGGGCUUGGUUCUUUAUUGUACUUGAGGAUUAUCAAGCUGCUCUUAGAGAUCUUCGGGCAUUGCUGACUUUGGAUCCCACUCACAUGAUGUUUCAUGGGAGGUUGAGAGGUGAUCACUUGAUUGAACUCCUUGGUCAACGCAUCCAACAAUGGAGUCCUGCUGAUUGCUGGUUGCAACUCUAUGAUCGAUGGUCUUCUGUUGAUGAUAUUGGCUCUCUGGCUGUUAUACAUCAGAUGUUAACAAAUGAUCCAGGAAAGAGCCUUUUACUGUUUCGGCAAUCUCUUCUUCUCUUGCGGUUAAACUGUCAAAAGGCUGCAAUGCACAGUUUGCGAUUGGCUCGAAACCAUUCCAGCUCUAAGUCCGAAAAGCUUGUAUAUGAAGGAUGGAUAUUGUAUGACACUGGCUAUCGUAAAGAAGCACUCAACAAGGCUGAGGAGUCCAUUUCUCUCCAGAGGUCAUUUGAAGCUUUUUUCCUUGAAGCAUAUGUGCUGGCUGAUACGACUCUGAAUCCUGAAUCUGCAUCUCAUGUUAUCCAACUUUUGGAGGAAGCACUUAGAUGUCCUUCAGAUGGUCUUCGUAAAGGACAAGUAAGUAUUUUCUGGAGGCAACUACUUAUUUCUUGGUUAUAUGAAACUGGAUUUGAUUCUUCAUUUUGUAUACUUGCCUUUUCUGCAGGCACUAAAUAACCUCGGGAGUAUUUAUGUGGAUUGUGGUAAACUGGAGCUUGCAGCAGAUUGUUAUGUGAAUGCCCUUGAAAUAAAGCAUACAAGAGCACAUCAAGGGUUGGCACGCGUAUAUCAUCUCAAAAAUGAAAGAAAAGCUGCACAUGAUGAAAUGACAAAGCUGAUAGAAAAGGCACAAAAUAAGGCAUCAGCUUACGAGAAACGGUCUGAAUAUUGUGACCGUGACAUGGCAAAUAAGGAUCUCAGUAUGGCAACACAGUUGGAUCCUCUACGGACGUACCCAUACAGAUAUAGGGCAGCAGUAAUGAUGGAUGAUCAAAGAGAAACUGAAGCUGUAGAGGAGCUUACAAAAGCCAUAGCUUUUAAGACCGACUUGCAGAUGCUUAAUCUUCGAGCAGCAUUCCAUGAGUCAAUGGGUGGCUUCACUUCUGCUCUUCGAGAUUGUGAGGCAGCACUCUGCUUGGAUCCCAACCACAAGGACACCAUUGAUUUGUACAAUCGAACACUAGGCCAAGCCCAUGUGCCUACUUGAGUCUCUUUGCCUUCGCACAAGAAACAUAUUGUUGGCAAUUUUAUAGUUAGUCUUGGAGGAAAGAAAAAAAAAAUUGCUUCAACUUCCCACCUAGAUAAUAUUAUACUGAAAUUGCCCACAAGAGCACUGAGAUGCAAGCUCGUCAUGGCCGUGAGAAUGAAGGAAAGUGUCCAGAAAAGAGAGAACAUUGAGGAUAUGUAUGUAUGUUGUUACAGAACUGAAGGGCUUGGGAACCUAUGAACGGAAGAGCACUGCAAACAUGAUAGAUGCAAUGAAGAAUGGAUGAAGACAUUGGAGGAAAGAUUGACAAAUAUCAGUAUCUAUGACGAGGAAGAUUUGGUGAAGAGAUUGCUCAAAGAGCCUGCCAGAUAAAACUGCAGCACACAAAAUCAAAAGGAAAAAUGUGCACAUUAUGAAAAUUCAGGUUUUGAAUUUAUGAUUUUAAGAUUUAUCAUGAUGUAUCUUUGCACCAUUGUUUUCCCAAUAAUGGUACAAAAUUUACAUUCAGAAUGAGAAUUUGCUUCUUACGAUAUCUUUUGUAAGUUGUAAACAACCAAGAUCAUAAAGAGAUUGCAUUCCUUUGUGUAUUACAACACUUUAGUCAUUUGCAGCUCUUUUCAUCUAGGACUAUAAAUGGCUUUUGG